AUGCCUGGAAAGAUUGUUGACCGAUAUGAUCAUGUCCCUGUCACAAAGGAGGACUUGGACUGGGCUGAACUUGUUACCCUUGACUUGAGCCUUUUUGAGCAACCUGGUGGCAAGGAACAGCUCGUUAAGCAGCUCGAACAUGCAGUUCAACAUGUUGGCUUUUUCUAUGUGAAGGGUUUCAACAUUGCCCAAGAAGAAGUAGACCGACAGUUUGCUCUUGGUCGUGAAUUCUAUUCUCUUCCUCUCGAGGAGAAGCUCAAGUUCCACAAUUCAAAUGACCUCGUCAACGGCGAGUAUAAUGGAUAUAGACCUGCUGGACACCGCAUUAUGGGCAACGGCAUCAAAGAUAAUGUUCAGGUCUAUAAUAUCCCGAAGUUUGAUGGCUUCCACAAGCGACAACAGCCUCCUGUCAUUUCCGAUAAUAUAGAAGAGAUUGAGGCUUUCAGCAGAAAAUGUCACACUGAAGUAGUGGAGAAAUUACUCCGCUUGUUUGCCAUCCUACUCGAGCUGCCUAAUGAAGACCAGCUGGUCCGCGACCACCAAUACGACGUCAAGGGAGAGGAUCAUCUGCGCUACAUGCACUACGCAGCACGAUCCAUCGAGGACAACAAAAAGGUUGGAGGUCUUUACAGCGCUGGUCACACUGAUCUUGGAUCCAUCACUCUGCUUUUCAGACAACCAGUGGCAGCUCUGCAAAUUCUCAACUCCGACGGAGAGUGGAAGUGGGUUCGUCCCCAGGAUGGAACCAUCACGAUCAAUACCUGUGACGCACUCACAGCUUUGACUGGAGGAUACAUCAAGUCGAGCAUACAUCGUGUUCACACCCCACCCGCAGACCAAGCCCAUGUUGAUCGUCUGGGUGUCCUAUAUUUCGCUCGACCCAAUAACCACGUCGUUCUUGAUCCUAUUAAGGAUAGCCCUGUCUUAACUCGCCUGGGUCUCACACAGAAUGCCUUCACAGAGCUUGGUCAACAUCUUACAACCGAGCAGUGGGUUAAAGUGCGACAAAGUCAGCAACAACGCCGUAACAAGGAUAUCAAGAUAUCUGAGGAAGGAAAGUUCACCUACGGAAAGGGUGAUCUUGAUAUCAUUCCUGGCCUUAAGGCCAAGAUGUACGACUAA